CGCCAGUGGCACGCUUCAUUGAUAGAGAGAAAGAGAGAGAGAAGAGAGAGAGAGGCAAUGAGAGCCAUCCCUGAAGAGUAGGCUUUAGAGGGAGAUGGCUGUUCCAAUAGAACAGAGAGAGGAAAAUAAAAACAGAAAGUUGAAACCUUUUCUCUGAAAAGGCACGAAAAGAUUAAGGGGUUUUCAGCUGAAUCCUUUUUUUUCUUAAUAAAUUUUCUAGUUUGGAUCUGAUAUAAACCCCAAAAAUCUCACCCCUUUUUUACGUGCAUUGUGGCUGUUACUGUUGGGUUUCCUUGGCAUUUUUCUGGGUUUGUCAUUAAUGAGAGAGAUCAGGUGUAAUUUCUCCGAUUGAAAGAUGGGAUUUUGAAGAGUUCAUGGCGCGAUUUGGGAGCUAGGGUUUUCUUUGGACGGUCAUGGCGGUGCUUAGUCUUGUUUGGAUCUGAGGCUGAUUUUGGUGGCACUGUGGUCCUGUCAGAAAAUGGAGCUAAAAAAUCUCCAAGCUUGCGGUCUUGUCUGGUUGAUCUCUCUGCUUCUGCUGAAUCCAUUGUGGCUUGCUUACUCCAACGUGGAAGGAGAUGCAUUACACAGUCUCAGAGCUAAUUUGAUUGACCCGAGCAACGUCUUGCAAAGUUGGGAUCCUACCCUCGUCAAUCCAUGCACUUGGUUUCAUGUAACAUGCAAUAACGACAAUAGCGUAAUAAGAGUUGAUCUUGGCAACGCAGCUUUAUCUGGACAAUUGGUCUCCCAGCUUGGCCUGCUCAAGAAUCUGCAGUACUUGGAGCUUUAUAGUAAUAACAUAACCGGGCCAAUCCCGAGCGAUCUAGGGAACCUAACAAACUUAGUGAGUUUGGAUCUCUAUUUAAACAGAUUCACCGGUCCUAUUCCAGACUCUUUGGGAAAACUCUCAAAGCUGCGGUUUCUUCGGCUCAACAAUAACAGUCUUAGCGGGCCGAUUCCCAUGUCAUUGACGAAUAUCUCAACCCUUCAAGUAUUGGAUCUAUCAAAUAACCGUCUUUCUGGAUCUGUUCCCGACAAUGGCUCCUUCUCGCUCUUCACUCCUAUCAGUUUUGCAAACAACUUGGAUCUCUGUGGUCCGGUUACCAGUCGUCCCUGCCCUGGAUCUCCUCCAUUUUCUCCUCCACCGCCAUUUAUACCGCCUCCUCCUGUUCCUACACCAGCUGGAUAUAGUUCCAUGGGAGCGAUUGCCGGAGGAGUUGCUGCGGGUGCUGCUCUGCUUUUUGCCGCCCCUGCUUUAGCGUUUGCUUGGUGGCGCAGAAGAAAGCCUCAAGAAUUCUUCUUCGACGUACCUGCCGAGGAGGAUCCUGAAGUUCAUCUGGGUCAGCUCAAACGGUUCUCUCUGCGAGAACUGCAAGUUGCGACCGAUGGUUUCAGCAACAAGAACAUCUUGGGCCGAGGCGGGUUUGGGAAAGUGUACAAAGGCCGCCUUGCCGACGGAUCAUUGGUUGCCGUGAAACGGCUCAAAGAAGAGCGUACUCCCGGCGGCGAGCUUCAGUUUCAGACUGAGGUCGAGAUGAUAAGUAUGGCGGUUCAUAGGAAUCUACUGAGGUUACGUGGCUUCUGCAUGACACCGACUGAGCGUCUUCUCGUCUACCCUUAUAUGGCUAAUGGAAGCGUCGCAUCGUGCUUAAGAGAACGUUCAGAGUCACAGCCACCUCUAGAUUGGCCAACAAGAAAGCGGAUCGCGUUAGGGUCGGCCAGGGGCCUGUCUUACUUACAUGAUCACUGUGACCCGAAAAUCAUUCACCGCGAUGUGAAAGCGGCGAACAUUCUCUUGGACGAGGAAUUCGAGGCAGUGGUUGGCGAUUUUGGGCUGGCCAAGCUGAUGGACUACAAAGACACACACGUGACCACCGCGGUGCGUGGAACGAUCGGGCACAUAGCCCCGGAGUAUCUCUCCACCGGAAAAUCGUCGGAGAAGACCGACGUUUUCGGGUAUGGUAUCAUGCUUCUCGAGCUGAUCACCGGUCAGAGGGCGUUCGAUCUGGCGAGACUGGCGAACGACGACGACGUUAUGCUUCUGGAUUGGGUGAAAAGCCUAUUAAAGGAGAGGAAACUGGAAAUGCUGGUGGAUCCUGAUCUGCAGAACAACUACACAGAAACAGAAGUAGAACAGCUCAUCCAGGUGGCACUUCUCUGCACACAGAGCUCGCCAAUGGACAGGCCGAAGAUGUCGGAAGUUGUACGGAUGCUGGAAGGGGACGGGCUGGCCGAGAAAUGGGACGAGUGGCAGAAAGUGGAGGUUCUGAGACAAGAAGUGGAACUGGCCCCGCAUCCUGGUUCGGAUUGGAUCGUUGAUUCCACAGAGAAUCUUCAUGCUGUUGAGUUGUCUGGUCCGAGAUGAGACUUUUUUAUGUCCAAUCAACCACAGAGGCGAGGAAAAGAUGAGGAGGAAAAAAAAAGGUCACUGAAUUUUUUGUUUAUUUUUUAGAUUUAGGGUUUUUUCUUCUCUUCUUUCCAUGAUUUCACGAGGAAAUAGUUGAUGAUGAAAUGUCGUGUAAGCAUAUCUUUGUCUGUGUAUUCAUUACAUUAUCUGCAUAUAAGCUGCUGGAAAUCUGUCUUCGUGUUCGAAUGCAAA